CCUGGGUUUAUCAGCCAGUAAGCCAGUAGACAGAAGCAGGGCACACAGUGAGAAAGAGAAAGAGCAAUAAGAGGGUGACUAUUGCUAGAGAUAAGCACGGCUGAAUCAAUCAAGAUGAACCACAGCUCCAAUGAGAAAGAACCUGAGACCAUAGAGCCACUCCGUUAUCUCAGUAAAACGGAGGCGGCGACUGUUGAGACGGAGCUCCUGAGGGACUAUCGCUUCGGACAGCAGCAGCUGAUUGAAAUAUGGGGCCAUGCUUGCGCUGUCGCCAUCACAAAGGCAUUUCCUUUGAGCUCCCUGAGUAAAAAGCAGCCCACCCUGCUGGUUGUUUGUGGUCCUGAGCAAAACGGCUCCAUUGGUUUGGUGUGUGCCCGCCAUCUGCGCAUGUUUGAAUAUGAGCCCACCAUUUUCUAUCCCAAGCGUUCUCCUCAGAGUUUGCACCAAGACUUCACCGUUCAGUGCGAGAAAAUGGACAUCCCUUUCUUGUCCUAUCUUCCGACGGAGGUGCAGCUGUUGAAUGAUGCCUACAAUGUGGUGAUCGACGCCAUCCUGGGACCAGAAACCGACCACAAGGAGGUUAAAGAGCCCUACGCUGGGAUGCUGGUGACUCUCAAACAGGUCAAAAUACCCAUCGUUAGUGUGGACGUGCCCUCAGGUUGGGAUGUUGACGAACCAGCCAAAGAUGGGAUAAAUCCAGAAGUUCUCAUUUCUCUGACGGCUCCCAAAAAGUGCGCAACGGGUUUCUCGGGAAAGCAUUUUCUGGCGGGACGAUUCCUGCCCUAUGACAUUCAGAAAAAAUAUGAACUUAAUCUGCCAGAAUUCCCCGGCACGGAAUGUGUUAUAGAACUGUAGCCAUUUAUACAGACUUAUAUUUUGAAUAACAAGGAUGUUUUUCCCCUUUUGUAUUUUAUAGAUUGUUCUGUGGCAUUCAGUUACUGACGAAUAUGACUAGACACUUUGAAUAGUUGAGUUUUCUGUGGAAGCUUGUUUCUGCUACAGAAUUAUAAAAUGCAUAAGGCAACAGCUAAUGAAUCUCCAUUUGUGACUUUUAUCUUGAAACUCUGAGUAUGUAUCCCAAACUCGCAAUUCUGAGGAAAAAAAGAAAACGAAAAAAGAUUUCUCGCACUUUGGUUUACAUCGCGCAAUUCUCACUCUUUUCGCUGUUGUUGUUUUUUUGCUACAGAAUUUAAAAAUACUAAUUUAUCAUUUUGUGACUUUUUUUUCUUGCAGUUGCGGCUUCUCAGAAUCGUGAGUUUAUAUCUCUUGAGUUAUAAACUCACAAUUCUGUUUUUAGAUCUCACUUUUUUUCUCAGAAUUACAAGAAAAAAGACGUAGUUGUCUUUUACAUUUUUUUUAUCUUGUAGCAGAAACAAGGAAUCAGUCCUAAGAGAUGGGUUUAGAAUUAUUUAUUCAAUUUUGCAAAUUUUUGACAUUUACAGUGUGUCUGUUAAGUUCUCAAAAAGUCUUUUUAAUGUUAGAUAUAUUCAAAGUGCAUUACCCUGAUAGUGCCUCCAGUCUAAUGUGCACGACACCUACAAACCCAACGCAUUUCUGCUGGAAUUUUACUCCAAUGACAAAUGUAUUUAUCUGUACUUUAUUUGACAGUUUGUAUAGUAUAAUAAUAAUCCCAGGAUGACAAACGUGUGUAAAUCAUUUUGUUUUUACUAUAGACUGCUCAAUGUACAUGUGUUUUCUUAGUUCUUAUAGGUUGAAUGAAUAAAUGAUCUAUGUAAAAAAAAAAA